UAUCAUGUUAUCAUCCAUAUCUCCAGAACCAGCGGCCGUCACACUUGACUGGCUCCUUUCUUCAUACACCACCUACUAUAUUUAGCCAUGGCAUCCAAUACUCCCAACCCUAAAGACAGAAACCUCAUAGCAGUAAUCGGUGACGAGGAUUCAGUGACAGGUUUGCUUCUUGCCGGCAUUGGUCAUAUAAAUCAACAUCAGAAGAAGAACUUUCUGAUUGUCGAUGGAAAGACUCAAACAAGCGUUAUUGAAUCCGCUUUUCAAGAUUUCACUGAGCGCAAGGAUGUCGCUAUACUGCUCAUUAACCAGCAUAUUGCUGAGCGAAUAAGACCAACCGUUGACAGGUAUCAAGCUGCCUUUCCUGCGUUGCUAGAGAUUCCCAGUAAAGAACACCCAUACGACCCCGCAAAAGAUUCCGUCCUCAAGAGAGUCCAAAAGCUCAGGGGAGAUUGAACUGCUGUCAAUGUUGCUUUUAUACCUCGUCAAAUGAUGAUUUUUUUGGCCUCCAGGCCCUUGACCUCCCCUUCCAUUGCCGUACAGGCGAGCUCAA